CUAAUCCUCGCCGCCGAUAUUGGCGCGUCCCAACUGACUUGUGUUUGAACCACCAUGUCCUUCUUUCCCACUACAUCGGGUGCGACAUCCGCUACGCUCGGUGGAACGGCCGCAAACGAACCGAAAGAUGUGGAAGUCUCCGACCCGCCUAGCGAUUCAAUCAGUUCGCUGGCGUUUUCGACUGCUGGAGAAUACCUUGCUGUCGGAAGCUGGAAUAAUGAAGUUCGAAUUUACGAGGUGAACCCACAAGGAGGGCAAACUCAAGGAAAAGCUAUGUAUACGCACCAGGGACCUGUUCUUGGAGUAUGCUGGAACAAAGAAGGCAAUAAAGUAAUUUCGUGCGGUGCCGACAACGCUGCGCGCAUGUAUGACUUGGCUACGGGCCAAAGCUCUCAGGUUGCGCAGCACGAUGCGCCUAUAAAGUGUGUGAGGUGGAUUGAGUCACCCCAGGGCGGGUUUCUUGCUACGGGUAGCUGGGACAAGACUCUGAAGUAUUGGGAUACUCGUUCAUCGACACCUGUUUCAACUGUUCAACUACCCGAGCGAUGUUACUCUAUGGACGUCAUGUACCCGUUGAUGGUCGUUGGUACUGCCGAGAGACACAUUCAGAUAUUCAAUCUUACGAACCCGACUACACCUUACCGAACACAAACAUCACCACUUAAAUGGCAAACACGUGUGGUUAGCUGCUUCCCUUCCGCAGAUGGAUAUGCCGUCGGGAGUAUUGAAGGACGCGUGGCCAUCCAGUACGUCGAAGAAGCCAAGUCUAGUCAAAAUUUCUCGUUUAAAUGCCACCGUAAAGAUCAGUCUCCUACCGCGAAGGAUCAAACUCUUGUCUUCUCAGUAAACGAUAUCGUAUUCCACCCCGUGCAUGGAACCUUUUCCACGGCAGGGUCGGACGGCACGGUCAACUUCUGGGACAAGGACGCGCGAACGCGGCUUAAGACUUUCGAACCGGUCCCCGGACCGAUCUCCUCAACGGCCUUUAACCGCACGGGAAACAUCUUCGCCUACGCGGUUUCUUACGACUGGUCGAAGGGAUAUACUGGGAUGACACCCGGUCACCCGAAUAAAAUCAUGUUGCAUGCAUGCAAGGAAGACGAGGUGAAGAAGCGUGCGGCUAGGAAGUGAUGAGAUUUUGCGAGUGUCACUUUCACUUCAUGCCUGCGAUGAUUUGAUGUUUAUGUCUUCUUCAUCGAUCGAUUGUUUCCUUUCUUCCCUUGAUUUUCAUUUUUGUUGCAUCGUUUUCUUUUGUGUUGCUGUACAAUGACAAUGUUAGUUGC